CCGUGGUUGACAGUCAAAGUUAGGGAGGACUGGGGGAAGACAGGGAGAGGACAAUAAGGACAGACACGGGCUACGGAAGAUAAAGUUGAAUGGUCCGGCAGUGAUCUUAAGACGACACAUCCUUGUUUGACCAAUUCCUCAUUUCAUGCUGCAGAGGAAGCCAUUUUAACAACCUACUAAGAGAAGAUGAAACUGGGGGAAACGAUAGGAGUCAUUUUGAGGAAGUUUCCAUGCUUUUAAGUGGUGUGUCCCAAUGGAAAAGACUAGUUGGAAGACUUGUACACAGAGGAGAAGUUCUCUUGGGCACAAGUAGCCACCUAGUCGUUUUUUAAAGGAACAUACAAAGGAAGACGAGAGCCAUGUUGCGGAAGGAGCUGCUUGAUGCACGGAAAGCUUUGAGGAGUGCUAGGGAAGGUGUGAGUGGGCCGAGAAGCAAAAAGCAGAGAGACUCUGAGAACACAGAGGAUGAGACCACAGAACCUCAGAUGGAAACCAAAGAAGGGCCCGGGAGGCACCAAGACAAGGCUGGACGGAGAGGACCUUCAGUUGAGGGAGGCGGGAUGAUGGACUAUAACCCAGACGCUUCAGAUCGCAGAGCCACCCUACCUGGCGCCUAUGACCCUGUAGUGGAGCGAGAGCUCCGCGCUCUGGGCUCCCGCCCUCCAGGGCCCCACUUGGACCCAAACCCUGCCAGGAGUCAAACUGCUGACAGAUCACAGGGCCUCUCCUCCCCUGUCCCCCUGUCUUCUCCCCAGCCACCUCUCAGUUCGCAAAAUAACAACCUCCGUACCCAAGACCAAGACCCAGAUAAAACCAAACCGUCGGAUCCCCAAUCAUCGAAGACCGACCAGGCAUCAAGUGUCAACAGUGUUGUCAUGACACCCAAACUGGCUCGUGCUGGGCCCAAGAUCUUUGACAAGGUCUGUGCUUUUGAGGAGCGAAGGGCUAGUGUGGAUCUGCCAGGGGGAGUCAGAGCUGGAUCAGGAUCUCGAUUUGGAGGAGCAGCUUCCUCAGACGACAGCGGGAAGAAGACAGGAGGCCCCAGCGAAGGGGAGGACCGAAUCCUGCAGGGCGCAGCCCAGAAGCGAGUACUGUUCAAGCAACGGGCCUCUUCUUUGGAGGACAAGACAAGCUACUCCCAGAUGGUCCAGAGCUACCAGAGCAAGUUUGCCGAAGAGCUCCAGAGGAUCAAGAAACUUGUGGGGAAACCAAGCCUGAAAAAGGCGUAUUCCACUGAGCAGCUGUCGCAGAAAGAGAGGCUGACCACGGGCAAAAUAGAGCCCAUUCCUCCCCAAGUGGUUAAAAAGUUGGAGGCAAGGGAGCGAGCCCUGGAGGACAAAAAAGCUGGGGAGAGGGAAGGGGACAGCAGAUUGCAGAUUUCUCCACAGGCCCAAGGCAAAGGUCUGGGGAAUGAAAGGAAGGUCCCUGAAAAGAUGACACAGCCAGAUUCACAGGGGAAACCAGUGGAUAGCUCAUCACGAGGAAGCACAGGGAAAGUCUCUGUUACCAUGGAGACGGCACCAGUUCACCAGUUACCAGGGCAACCAUUGCCAACAGCCACAAGGACAAGACUCGCCAGGGAAACCCGACAAAGCUCUCCGGCAGCUGACAAAAACGCACUUGUUGCCGUGUCUCAAAAAUUCUCAUCCCCCACCGGAGAUCUGGGGAUGGAUUCAAACAGGGAGACAAAGAUGGACAAGGAAGCAGAUCAUAGAUCACCAAGCCCGAGUGGGAAGAGAGCAUCCCCAAUAACCAUGAGGGAACCAGGGUCCCAGUUCCCAUCCAAGCCCCCCAGGCUCACCCCAUCACCCACUCCUUCCGUCAGCCCUCUCCUAAAAAGGAGGAAGGCGGAAGCGGGGCGGACGCCUCCGACCUUGAAAGUCAACAUCCCCACCAUCCUGGUGGAAGGUGAACCCAUGGAGACAGAAUGUGCUGCAGGCAGGAGCAACGAGAGAAGCAAGACCAGAAAGAAAGAGGGGAAAGUUCGCAAGAGCAAGCAAGGCCGUUCUGUUCAACCCAAGUCUCCAGAGGAAGGGGGCUCAUCUGAUGACUCGUACCUGUCUGCUGAUGAGGAUCCAGCUGAGGGCCCAAGGUUUGAGAGGGCUCUUGUGGACACCAAGGGACCCAGCGGCUCUGAGAUCACACUGACAUGCAUCAUCACAGGGAGUCCGUCCCCUACAGUGACGUGGAGGAAGAAUAACGUGGAGAUACGAAGCGAUGCCUUCCACGUGGUUAGGGCUGAGGGUGAGAGGCACAGUCUGGUGAUAAAGCAGUUGAGGCCGAACAACGCAGGGUCGUACUGCGUCACAGCUGUCAACACAGCGGGCAGAGCGUCCUGCAGCGCUACGCUCUUUAUCCAAUCAGAGCCAACCCACAUGCAAUGUGGGAAACCAGCCAGGGCCUUUGAAGUCAGUAGUCCGACCCAGCCAGAUGAGGAGGACUUGAGCCCUCAGGAGGAGGCGAUGGAGCUCGGGGACUUGCCUGCUCCGAGUAAAAGAGUCCACUUCAAAGAACCUCCCUCAUUUCAGGUGGCACCAUGGGACCAGGAGGUAACUCACGGUCAAGAUGUCGUUAUCUCAGCGAAGGUGGAGGGGCAGCCCAAACCCAUGGUUUACUGGUUGAAGGACAGAGUCCCGGUGAAGACAGCGGGGCGCUUCGCCGUGCGAGAGACAGACGACGGCACCAGCGAAAUGAAAAUCAGCUCAGCUCAGAGGUCAGACGCAGGGCUUUACGUCUGCAAGAUCGCCAACAAGUACGGAUCCGAGCAAGCGGAGUGCAGAGUGGUGGUCAGAGAGUCUGCAGCACAAACCACACUGAAAAUCACCAGGCAGGUAAAAGAUGUGGCGGUGAGGGCUGGAGAGUCGGCCAUGUUCGAGUGUCACAUUACGGGACCUCUAGACGUGGACGUGGACUGGCUCUCGAACGGGAAGCUGAUCCAGCCAGCGCUGCUCAACUGCAAAAUGCACUUUGAUGGCAAGAGGUGCCGUCUGCUGCUAAAUUCAGUACACGAGGAUGAUAGUGGAACAUACACUUGCAAGCUGAGCACUGCCAAAGAGGAGUUGACCUCAAACGCAAACCUGAGGGUGGCCCCAUCCAAGGAGCCUCUGUUCACCCGUAAGCUGGACAUCCUGGAAGUCAUCGAAGGCCGCACUGCCCGGUUUGACUGUAAAGUGAGCGGAUCACCUGCUCCUCGAGUCACUUGGAUGCAUUUCGACACAAGAGUGGAGGAGAGCGAUAACGUUUGCAUCCUUCAAGAGGGGGGUCGUCACUCGCUUGUCAUCACCCAUGUUAGCAGCGACACAGAAGGCUUCUACACAGCAAUCGCUCAAAACAUUCACGGGAAGUCUGAAUGCACCGCCGAGCUCUACAUGCAAGAACCUCGCGCUGCCAUCUUGCCUCACAUGGCCAAGUUGGAGAAGAUGCCAUCCAUCCCCGAGGAGCCUGAGGUGCUGGAGAGUGAGGUGGAAAAGAGGACCAUGCCAGACUUCGUCAAACCUCUGGCUGAUGUGGACGUGACUGAAGGCAAAGAGGCUCUGCUGAAAUGCAAGGUGGCGGGCCUGCCCUACCCAACCAUCGCCUGGUACCACAACGGCAAGCGCAUCGAGAGCAGCGAAGCACGCAAAAUGUCCCAGCACAGGGAUGUCCACAGUAUGGUCAUUCGGAGCGCUUGUCACGCUCAUGGGGGCGUCUACAAGGCCGUCAUCUCCAAUAAAUUGGGCAAAGCAGCCUGCUAUGCACAUCUUUACGUCACAGAUAUUGUUCCUGAACCCCCUGAUGGUCCUCCAGUGAUUGAGGCCAUCACAGGGAAAACUAUAAGCCUCAGCUGGAAAAGACCAAAGAGGGUUGACUCUUCAUUUGAUGCCGACUCCUUGCUAUACGUGGUCCAGCAGCAGCCUCUGGGCUCCAUCCAGUGGUCUGUCGUGGCGUCUAACCUGAGGGAGACCAAGUACACCGUCACCUCCCUGUCCAAAGGAGUUCGCUACGCUUUCAGAGUCCUGACGUCCACUGGGAAGACUUUAAGCAAACCGUCACCCUCUACUGACCUGGUCCAGCUGCUGGACAGGGGACCCUAUUUGAGGAAGGCCCCAGUCAUUUUGGACAAACCUGACAUUGUUUAUGUGGUUGAGAACCAACCUGCGAGCAUCACCAUCACGCUGAACCAUGUGCACGCAGUUGUCACCUGGAAAAGGAGGGGGGUGGCGUUGGUCAACAGACUGGGGAUGUAUGAGCUGAGCAUGCCAGACGACGAUCAACACACCCUGAAGCUUCAGCGAGUCAGGAGUGCAGACAUCGGUCAGCUAGUGGUCACGGCCAGCAACCAGUUUGGCAGCGACCUCUGCACGCCUCAGCUGGCUAUGGCAGUGCCUCCUAAAUUUGAAACCAUCAUGGAGGAUGUGGAUGUGCACAUUGGGGAGACGUCCCGUCUGGCUGUUGUGGUUGAAGGCAAACCAGACCCAGAUAUUCUGUGGUAUAAGGAUGAUGUGCUUCUCUCUGAGAGCAGCCACUUCACCUUUGUGUACGACGACCCAGAAUAUUCCCUCGUUGUCCUCAACGCCCGCCCCGAACACUCCGGCGUGUACACCUGCACUGCAAAGAACCUGGCCGGCUCCAACUCCUGCAAAGCUGAACUCACAGUUCAUACAGAGCGAAAAGAAGCAGCAGAGCCAAUGGAGGAUGAAGGAACCAUUCUGAGGAAAAUGAGGCGUUUGACGGAUUACUAUGAUAUCCACAAAGAGAUAGGGAGGGGUACCUUCUCCUAUGUGAAGAGGGUGAUUCAGAAAAAGGGAAAGGCUGAGUUCGCUGCCAAGUUCAUUUCUGCGGGAGGAAGGAGGAAAGCCUUGGCCCUCCGAGAGAUGGAGCUGCUGUCUGAGCUGGACAACGAGAGGAUUCUCUAUUUCCAUGAUGCCUUUGAGAAGAAGAGUGUGGUAGUGCUCAUCACAGAGUUAUGUCACGAGGACUUGCUGGAAAGAAUGGCCAAAAAAACAACAGUCAAGGAACUGGAGAUCCGCUGUAGUGUUCAGCAGGUUUUGGAAGGUCUUCGUUAUCUUCACCAAAAAAACAUAGCUCACCUGGACAUAAAGCCAGAAAAUAUUUUAAUGGCAAGUCCCGGGAGUGACCAGAUCCGCAUUUGUGACUUUGGUAAUGCCAUGAAAUUGGAUACUUCCGAGGAGUGCUACUGUAAAUACGGCACGCCAGAAUUUGUUGCACCAGAGAUUGUUAACCAAACUCCCGUCUCCACGGCAACAGACAUAUGGCCUGCUGGUGUCAUCACGUACCUCUGCCUGACUGGUGUGUCUCCCUUUGCUGGUGAAAAUGACAGAGCUACUGCCUUAAACAUCCGUAACUACAAUGUGGCGUUCGAAGAGGGCAUGUUCACUGACCUCUGCAAAGAAGCAAAGGGAUUUGUCAUCAAGCUUUUGGUAGCGGACCGACUGAGGCCCAGUGCCGUUGAGUGCCUUCGUCAUCCUUGGUUCAAGUCACCAACGAACAAGAGCAUCAGCACAGCGAUGCUAAAGCAAGUUUUGUCUAGAAGGCGAUGGCAGCGUUCUCUUAUCAGCUACAAAUCCAAGAUGGUGAUGCGGUCGAUCCCAGAGCUUUUGAAUGACUCAUCCAACCACGUCUCCAUCGCUGUGGCCCGGCAUUUAAAAGAAGGCUCCCCACCACCCUCCUCUUCCUCUGACUCCGACGCGGAUGUGGACGAGCUUCCCUUCAUCCCUAUGCCGCUGUCCAUGGUCUUUUCGGGUUCCAGGGUCUCCCUUAACGAGAUCCCGGGGGACGAAGAUGCCACUGGAUGGCCCAGUGUCGCUGCUCAUGGGACGAAGAAAAAGGACAACAUGGAGGUAGGCACGAGAGGAGGGGCAAAUAAAAGUGCAAAAGAUGAAGCGGAAACCCCAGAUGACGAGAAAAUGGAAAAUACACAACGAGCUCCUCUAAAAAAAGGAUCAAGUGUGGAGUCGGAAGAAUCCCAGACGAAAUCCAGGCGGGCUACCAUGAGGAGAGGCAGCUCUGCUGAUUCAGCACUGCUUCUCCACAUUGACCCAGAAGAGGGAAAUGCAAACAAGGACUCAGAAGCAAGUAACAAGAGCCUGAAAAAGGCUGUUUCUAUGGAACUACCCAAUCGCAGCCCGAGCCCCGGGGCGGCGAAGUUAAGCCAGGAGGAUUAUGCCCUAAAACUGGAACUGAUGAGACAGCGGUUGCUAAGGGGAGGAAAUGUGGACAAAAAGAUGAGCGGCCUGCGAGGGCCCUUGUUUGAAACCCUCGGCAUGGAAGAUGAGAGGCGGACAGGGUCUCUUGAUCGGAACUUGAGGAGAUCCAGAGCGGGGCCAUCAACUCUCACCAGAGCGGCGUCUUCAGAGAGCCCUACAGAGGACACGCCAAAGACCAAAGUUUUUCGUAAAAGCGCCUCCUUCACUCAGGGGGAUUCUGAGCCCAUGCCCCUGCACCGCAGGUUUGGAGCCCCCUUAGAGAUCCCAUCGAUGGGCAACGGUAGCAUAGAAGGAAAGAAGCUCCAGGAGGCAACCUCAAUGUCCGCACUCACAGAACAAACAACACUGGAGUCUAUAUCUGCCUCACCUACAAAAAAGAUUUCGGCUACACUCCCAACACCAGGAGGAUUGGACCAACAGCAAAAACAGAACAAUGUGAAAGAACAUAAGGAUAUGCAAAGUAUGAAUGAGAAGAACAUGGAUGGGAUAACAGAGAAAAGGACCAAAACCCAGUUAGAAAAGCCAGGCCCAGUAGAAUCUGAGUCUAGCUCACCCUCUGUAAUUACUCCUAUAAUUGUAAUAGAGGAGGAUGAUGAAGAAGAAGAAGAGAGUAAAGGAAGGGAAGAAGAUGAGCUACAUAUUAAUGAAAAGGAUAUGAAGGGAGAUGACACACAAAAUGGUAAAGCUGUUGCAGCGCAAUCUGUAACAUCUGACAAGGCCCAAUCCGAGCAUCCGGCCACACCACAUGAUACAAAGUCCACAGAAAUCCCCACAUUGCCGGAACAUCCAGCAGUGUUUGCUAAAGUAGCAACUGCUGAGCGAUCUCCUAGCUCUGUUUCCACAUCAUCGAACCCCGAUCUCGCUGCCAUCCCCCGUCGGCCUACGCUCAGAACGGACAUCAAAGACAUUGACUCGGAGGAGGUCUUUGAAGCCAGGUUUAAGAAGCGGGAGUCGUCUUUGACCCGUGGCCUCCGAAAACUGACCAGAAACAAAUCGGAGGAGAAAUCCCCCGUACUAAACCGGAAGGUGGGCGAGGGAGGUGAAGAGGUUUAUAGGCCGGGGCCAAGGGGGGCACCUCUUGAAAUGGUACCAAAAGGACUACAGGAGAAAUCCAAAUCUGUUCAAGAUUUACGAGAAGAAGAGAAGGAAACAGGCUUCGGCCUCAUUGGGAGGUUUUCCUUGCGGGCCAAGAGGUCAACAUCCGUUGAUAAGAAGGGGGAGAAGUCAAAGGAGGAAAAGCACCAGGAUGUGCAGGAAACUGCUGGAAGCAAGAGGGUUUCAUGGAUUAUUGGGCGCAGUAAGUCCCUGGAUACAAAGGAGCUGAACAGUGCAGGGGCACAGGGGCAGCCGGAUGAGCGAGAACAAAGAAAAGCUGAGGAGUCAUCGGUUUCUGCUAUGAGGCGCAAGUUUGAGUCCAAAGUGGCAGGAAUCUCUGCCAAAAUAAGGACCCAGUCAGAGGAGAGGAAGGACAAAGAAGCUGGGGGGAGUCAGAAAGAGCUGGUGCAAAAUGAUUUGAAGAAAGCCACUGAUUCCCCUGUCCUGGCAAUGCGACGGAAGUUUGAGAAAAAAGUGGCAGGAAUUUCCUCGAAAAUCCGCAGCCAGUCUGAGGAGAGAAAAGAGGAUGAAGAGGGAAAGAGGACACCCCUGUUUACCCGCCAUCGUCAUUCCCAAUCUGAGGGGCGAGGACUCAAAGGAAUGGGCAUCCCCGAGAAUCAACUAGCAAAACAGGCCGGCGCUGCUGCGUCCAAGGAAUCGAUUGAAUCCGCUUCUAGCAUCCAUUCCGAAAAAGCCUCAGAAACUGACAGGCGAUCACGGUGGGACAGGUGGGGUUUGACAAGGGGCAAGAAAGACAAAACCUCGUCUCAAUCUGAUCUGCCUUCAUCCGUCCCCAAAGAGGAUGGUUUGUCAAAAAGCCAGCAGUUCAUCCGUUCCGCUUCGGAUUUUGCCCCCGUGUUCCACAUCAAACUGAAAGACUGCAUCUUAUUGGAGGGGGAACCUGUCACGCUUAGCUGCCUUCCAGCUGGAAGCCCACAUCCAGAAAUCACAUGGACGAUAGAUCGGAAACCGCUGCAGGUGGAUGACAGAAUCAACCUGAGGUCCCACCCAGAUGGCAGGCAGCUUCUUAUGAUCACCAAGUCCAGCCGAAGGGACGCUGGAGUUUACGAAUGUGUUGCUACCAACCCUAUAGCUACCAUCACCACCUCCUGCACGUUGUCAAUAGCUUAUGUCCCAAAACAGCCAGGGACCCCUGAAGUCCCCCAAACUUACAACAACACAGCCCUGGUGCUCUGGAAGCCAGCAGACACCAAGUCCCCGUGCAGCUACACCCUGGAAAGAAAAACAGAAGGGGAUUCUAACUGGCUGACUGUGGCCACCGGAGUUGUCGACUGCUACUACAACGUCACAGACCUGCCACCCGGCAGGUCCUUUAGAUUCCGCGUCGCCUGCGUCAACAAGGCAGGACAGGGGCCGUACAGCAACUGCUCUGCUCCAGUCAGCCUGGACUCAACAGCUGGAGGAGCUUCGCCUGCCCUGGCCGUCGUAAAGACGGCCCCCGCUGCGCUUGAAUCAGUUGUCCCCUCCACAGUGACCGCGCCUCCACUCAAACCGGUCCAGAACCACGCUCCCAGGAUUGCUGUCUCCACCGUCGCUUCCACUUCCGCCUCUCCAAAAGAUGCAGCCUCCCCCGCUGCUCUACCUCUCCCGCCUACACCGGCAUCUAAAACAGUGGUCACCCCCAGUCCUGCGCCCUCUCUGCCCUCCAGCCCGACAGCAAACCCACCGCUGCCAUCUGCGCUUCCCUCUUCACCCACAGUCAAGGCUCCUCCACCCUUUGUCCUCCCCAAACCCCAGAGUCCAGUAAACGUGGUGUCGCCCAUGACCCAGAACCCGCCAAUAUCACCGCCGCCCCCUCUCGUAACCCCGCCGUCGACGCCAACCAAACCAGCAGUGGCCUCUGUGCCCACGUACAUCCCCAGCACCGCCGCCACUGCUCGCGUGACCCCAACUCCUGUCUCCUUUACCCCGCAAGUGCUCCAGACCUCCAGCCUGAGCCCCAUUGGUGAGGGGGCCAGUACCCCCACCAGAGGCACCCCAUCAGGACGCACUAUGCCCUCCACUGCUCUACGACAGGGGGUUCCACAGAAACCCUACACAUUUCUUGAUGAGAAAGCCAGGGGUCGUUUUGGAGUCAUCCGAGAGUGCCGUGAGAACGCGACGGGCAAAAUCUACAUGGCAAAGAUCAUUUCCUACAGCCAGGAGAACAAGCAGGAAGUGCUGAAGGAAUACGAGAUCCUGAAAUCCCUUCACAAUGAAAAGGUCAUGUCUCUGCACGAAGCCUACGUCACGCCGCGCUACCUGGUGCUCGUGGCCGAGUACUGCACCGGCAAAGAGCUGCUGUACAGCCUCAUAGACAGGUUCCGGUACUCCGAGGACGACGUGGCGGGUUACCUGGUCCAGAUCCUCCAGGCAGUCGAGUACCUCCACAACCGCCGCGUCCUCCACCUAGACCUCAGGCCCGACAACGUCAUGGUGACCAACCUCAACGCCAUCAAGAUUGUGGACUUUGGAAGUGCUCAGAGCUUCAACCCCCUCAGCCUCAAACACCAGGACUCAGGAGCAGGAACACUGGAGUACAUGGCUCCGGAGAUGGUAAAAGGUGAAGUGGUUGGUCCUCCUGCUGAUAUUUGGACCGUUGGCGUUGUCACCUACAUUAUGCUUAGUGGUCGACUGCCCUUCGAAGAUAAAGACCCUCUACAAGUUGAAUCCAAAAUUCUAAUGGCGAAGUUUGACCCGACAAAACUGUACCCAAAUGUGUCCCAAAGUGCCUCCGCCUUUCUCAAGAAGAUGUUGAGCAGUUACCCAUGGGCCCGUCCAAAUUCACGAGACUGCUUCACACAAGCCUGGCUGCAGGACUCCUACCUUAUGAAGCUGAGGAGACAGACGCUCACCUUCACUUCCAGCCGACUCAAAGAGUUCCUGGUGGAACAACAAUGCCGGCGCACAGAGGGCGCUACCAAGCACAAGGUGAUGCUGCGCACCUACCAGAGCUCACCCCAGUCUCCGGCAUCUGUGACUGCACCGCAUGUUCCCAGCCCGAAGUGAGAUGACGGUGAAAAUGCAGCACCACACAUGAGUUUGCAGAGUUGGAUCUGCCAAAUAACACCUCUGUAAACCACCGGCCACUGCAUGAAAAAUGUCAGCCUGCCUAGAGAGGCACAGGGGCUGGGCAGACAGCUGGAUAUAGUUUAAAUAUCCAAAGAAAAGACAGGAGUCCAUGUGUUAUUUUGGGAUACUUUAACAUGCAACACUUAAAGGAUUCUGAGAUGAAACAAAAACACAAAGAGAAACAGAACAAGAAGCCGUAACGUGUUUCAGAAACUGCUCAGAAACGGUUAAUCCGCUGAAAGGACACAGGAUGUUCUUUGAUUUUCUUUGAUUGAUUGCACAAUUUCUCUGUCACCUUGUGGAUUUUGAAAUUGCACAUUAAUAUUUGGUUUAGAUAAACAUUGGUCUCCACUCUGCACGAUCAGCCUGGAACAUGUGUAUCACUAGCGUUUUUACUGCGUUACCUUGUUUAUGUCACUAAAUUUAGUAGUAAACAACUCAUGUGAAUGUACCAUGAUUUAAGCUGCUAAUUAAUUUUUUGCAUUUACUUACACAUUUUAAAACUCAAAACCAAAAAUAUUUUUUUUCUUAAAAUUGUUUACUUUUUUCAUGUUAAUUUAUUUGCAUGUGUGUGUGUGUGUGUGUGCGUGCGCGCGAGCAUUUUGAUUUACUUUUCGAAUUAGUAUCAAGGUAAAAAAAAAUGAAAAUAAGGAGUGUCUUUGUGAUUGGUGUUAAAAUUCACAGUAGAAACGAACUAUUGUAGGGUGAGCUAGGAAUUUAUGGUAAAACUUCUUGUUCUGUGGUUAAAACUGAAGUCUAACUGUAAUAAACUAUGAACAGCAGUCCAUAAUGUAGAUAACGUUUUACUUGGAAAAGUCAUACAAUGGUAAAUUGCUGUGGUUUCUUAGUAUUACCCAACAGUUGGUCAGGUUGCUUAAAUCGUGAUCACCCAGUCAGUGCCUAAAUCGGAUUAAUAUCCAAAAUAUUUAUCUUGUAAAUGUGUCUCUAUUGGUACUAAUUCACAAUUGAUGAAUUCUUUGAACAAAGCAAACAUAUUACUGCAAUAUUUGGACUUUACAACAACACAGAUGCAUAUAGAUUCUUACAAACAUGCAUACAUUUCUACAUGCAUACACACAGUACAUGCGGUCCUUGUAAUAAUAGAACGUCUUGUGUAUUGCUCUAUCACAGUGUUCCUUUUUGUAUGAAUUUGGACGGUUGAAGAUUUGUAAAUGUACCAAUUUGCGGUGUUUAUAUGUGGGGGAAAAUUUAAGAUGUUUUUAUGAGAUAGUAUGUAAUAAACUGUUGAUACAAUUGGGAAAAUGAA